GGCCCGUCCAUUGCUUCUCUAUGGCGAAUGUGGGCUUUCCGCACAGCUAGGAUCGGCCGUCUUUUGGCUGCUACUUCCGUUACUUUAAGACGGUGCCUGAGAUUGGGGGUGGUCAUGGCCAAGAGCAAGUUCGAGUACGUGCGGAAUUUUGAGGUUGUCGACACAUGUCUGCCGCACUGCUGGGUUGUGGUGCGGCUGGACGGCCGGAAUUUCCACCGGUUUGCUGAGAAGCACAACUUUGCCAAGCCUAAUGACAGUCGGGCUCUCCAUCUGAUGACCAAAUGUGCCCAGACAGUAAUGGAGGAGCUGGAGGACAUUGUGAUCGCAUAUGGCCAGAGUGAUGAGUACAGCUUUGUGUUCAGGAAGAAGAGCAAUUGGUUCAAAAGAAGAGCCAGUAAGUUCAUGACUCUCGUGGCCUCCCAGUUCGCCUCCAGUUAUGUGUUUUACUGGCGGGAUUACUUUGAGGACCAGCCCCUUCUGUAUCCCCCAGGAUUUGAUGGAAGAGUCGUGUUGUAUCCUAGCAACCAGACUUUGAAGGACUACCUCAGCUGGCGACAGGCAGACUGUCACAUCAAUAAUCUUUAUAAUACAGUUUUCUGGGCCCUUAUCCAGCAGUCUGGACUAACACCAGUCCAAGCCCAGGAGAGAUUAAAGGGAACUCUGACGGCGGACAAGAAUGAGAUUCUGUUCUCUGAGUUCCACAUCAACUACAACAACGAGCCACACGUGUACAGGAAAGGGACAGUAUUGGUGUGGCAGAAGGUGGAUGAAGUCAGAACACAAGAAGUUAGGCUGCCAGCAGAAAUGGAAGGGGAAAAGAUGGCCGUGACGCGGACCAGAACCAGGCUGGUGGCCUUGAACUGUGAUCUCAUUGGGGAUGCCUUCUGGAAGGAACACCCAGAGAUUCUGGAGGAAGAGAACUGAUCCUGCCCUCUGCAGUUCUGGCAUGCUUAAUCACGCAGAGUUCCCCCAAGUUUCCCUGCAACCUUAGGUGGCUCCAGCAUUCCUGGUCCCAAAAACACUGCAAGGAGGGACGAGACUGGAGUUGGGUGGAGACAGAUGAAGGAGGGAUGUGUGGGGGUGGUGUAUCUUGUUCUGCUUAAGCAGAAUACCUUUUUUUUUUUUUUUCAAGUCUUAGAACAUGACUUCUUUGGCUCUUUUCAAAAUCAUGGUCCUAUUUUUAUAAAGGAACUAUUCAUACUUUG